AUGAGCACCACCGUCGUUGACGUCUCCUCAACCAGCACCACGACCCCAGCCGGACGUCGACGCCUGAUAAAGAGACCUGCAAGGAAGGAGUCGCUGCUCAGGAGACAAAAACGAGAUGCCAUCGCUGAUAUUCGUGGUCUUGUCAGUAUUAUGCAACAAGUCGUCGUUGCUGUAGAGAUCAGGAACACCAUCCAGAUAGGGGCGCUUACUAUUCAGUUACAAGCUCAGGUAACUGUUGUUCAGACGCUGACAGUGGACAUCAGCAGCGGAACUGUGGCUGCACCACAGGAGCUCUUUGUGGAAGUGUCCUUGGCGCUCGAUAUAACAAUACAGGCAAAGGAGACAACGACUACUGAGAAGGGCAAGGUAGAAGAGGAGAUAGAAGUUGUAGAGGGUGAAAUAGCCGUGUUAAAAGGAUCUACCACGACUACCAGUGGUAAACCAACAUCCUCUACCAGUGGUAAACCAACAUCCUCUACCAGUGGUAACCCAACAUCUUCUACCAGUGGUGAACUAACAUCUACCAGUGGUGAACUAACAUCUUCUACCAGUGGUGAACCAACAUCCUCUACCAGUGGUGAACCAACAUCCUCUACCAGUGGUGAACUAACAUCCUCUACCAGUGGUGAACCAACAUCCUCUACCAGUGGUAAACCAACAUCUUCUACCAGUGGUGAACUAACAUCUUCUACCAGUGGUGAACCAACAUCUACCAGUGGUGAACCAACAUCUUCUACCAGUGGUGAACCAACAUCUUCUACCAGUGGUGAACCAACAUCUUCUACCAGUGGUGAACCAACAUCUUCUACCAGUGGUGAACCAACAUCUUCUACCAGUGGUGAACCAACAUCUUCUACCAGUGGUGAACCAACAUCCUCUACCAGUGGUGAACCAACAUCCUCUACCAGUGGUGAACCAACAUCCUCUACCAGUGGAUCAUCAUCUUCCACUGAAGGAUCGUCAUCUUCCACCGAUGGAUCAUCAUCUUCCACUGAAGGAUCAUCAUCUUCCACCGAUGGAUCAUCAUCUUCCACCGAUGGAUCAUCAUCUUCCACCGAUGGAUCAUCAUCUUCCACUGAUGGAUCAUCAUCUUCCACUGAAGGAUCAUCUUCCACUGAUGGAUCAUCGUCUUCCACUGAUGGAUCGUCGUCUUCCACUGAUGGAUCGUCGUCUUCCACUGAAGGAUCAUCGUCUUCCACUGAAGGAUCAUCGUCUUCCACUGACGGAUCGUCGUCUUCCACUGAUGGAUCCUCGUCUUCCACUGAAGGAUCAUCAUCUUCCACUGAAGGAUCAUCUUCCACGGAUGGAUCAUCAUCUUCCACCGAUGGAUCAUCAUCUUCCACCGAUGGAUCAUCAUCUUCCACUGAAGGAUCGUCGUCUUCCACUGAAGGAUCAUCGUCUUCCACUGAUGGAUCAUCAAUCUCUGUGUUCAAAUAUACAACUGCUAGUAUUCCACUGUGCCACAUGAAAGCGUCGCCAUGUGGCAGCUGUGCCGUGUGGCACCGCUCCUCUGGUGCCUGGCACUCAGCCACCAGGCAAGGUCUUGAUGGCUCUUGCCUUCUCCUUCUCGGUUUUAUGUCCUCAUCAUCACAUGCAAACGAUCCUGCCGCAGAUCAGGAAAACGUACUGUGGAGAGCAGAAAUCAUGGAGAUUACCGAAAUUAACUUACUCGAACUGCAACUUGAACCGAAAUUAGUGCAAAUACAUUACGAAAUACACAUUACCACUGCAAGUAUUGACAUGCUGUGGGAUUCUGCUACCAUUAAGACCCGAGUAGUGGUUGAGACCGUGUUAGGGGGAGGAUGGGGGUGUGGGGGACUGGACGGAGGCUGA